CACUUGGCCCGUGCGCUUUCCCGACCACAAACGGACGAGGAGGCCCUGCUUCACAAACUUGGCCUGAGGCUGCCACAGUCGGCUACGGGUCCAACCGCCGAAAGCUCAAUCGGAGGAAAAAGGCUCGUUCUGAUAGCUUCACAUUGAACCUCCGAAUACCGCCCGCCAAUCCAGACUCCCCAACUUCUUCCACCCCCUACAACCCACAUCACAACCGUCAAGAUGACUUGGCUCGGAGCUCGCGCACUCAAGAAGUACCCCACGCCCGUCCUUAAGCCGAUGGCGCCUUUCUUCGCUGCCGGUCUGGUCAUCGCCUACGGCAUCAACUCGGCUCAGAACGCCAUGAUGAAGUCCGACGAGUGGAAGAACGACGCCCGCAACCCCCUUGCCAAGAAGGCUCACUAAGUUCGCGAUGGAACAGUCCGGGGCUAUGCAUAGACAAGACCGAGCAUUUGGGGAACGUGUCGAGGAUGAGAAGACCCGCCAACACGUAUAUCUUCAUGGACGCUGUACCAUAGACACACGGCUCGCCGUCAAUUGAGCUGUUGUACUAAUUUGCUUAUCCUAUAUCUGUCGAGAUGGUGCCUGGAGACCGAGGGGUCAUAUCUCGCGGAUAACUUCUACAGCAUCGGAGACGGUGAAAUGCUCACUAGAGCUUUGUGAAGCGACUCUCAUGUGCGUAUAGUGAAACCAAUGAAUUCCGCUUGAAAUGCUACGAAAAGAGUCACGAAUGGCUUCGAUUGGCAAUGUAUACG